CUGGAUUCUCUAUUUAAAUAUUGCUUAGUUUUUAAAAGGAAACUUAUGAGAGCACCUUUCUAUAUGUCUACUGCAUUUGAACAUAACAGAUCCAUUCAAGAGUAUCCUCGAUCUUCCAUUUUUCAGCGUCAUCGCCGCAUACGGAAUCGUAAUGAAAGAUCUAAUCAAUGGUUUCAAGUAAACAGAAAUGAUGAAUUACAGCAUGGUGAUACGGAUGAAAAUUCUUUAAAUUUUGAUAAUAGUGCUGAUCAUUUCCCUAUACGUUUAUCUGCAUUGCGUGCAAUAGUGGUGGAUAGUAAUGGAUUUAGCAAUAAUGGAAUUAAUACUUUUGAUCAUUAUUAUAUGAGAAACGCAUUACGAUCACUUGAUUAUGAUUAUAUUAGUUCAGCAUUUGAACGUUAUUCUGGUCGUCGUAGGAACUAUUUUUCAGGAGGUGUUAUUUCUUUUGAUCGUGAAGGAUCUUCGCAUUAUUUAGAAGAAGUAUUGAAUUUUUUGGAGAAUACUCUUAUUUCUUCUUUGACAAGGAAUCAAUUAAAUUUUCAUAAUAUUUCAUCUACUGAUGAUUGCACAAAAAUUGAAUAUACAAGUUGGCUUAAAUCAGGCUCUAUUUUUCAAGGUAUUCAAAUUCUCCCUGGUCAGCCUUCCAUUUUUUUAUCUGAAUCAUCCCACAUUAGAGAUGAAAGAAAAAUUAAAGUUAUAAUUCAGGAUAUUAACUUUUCUAAAAUGUCCGUUUCGGGACAAAUAGAAAUGUUUGAUACAUCUGAUAUUGAUUUUAAUAGAAGUAGUAUUAUUAUAUGGUGGGAUGGUGAAAUAGUUGAUUUCGUCAGUUAUUAUAAUUUGUUAGCAGUUAAAAGAGAUAUUGCUUGGAAGACAGAUGCUGCCUAUUGGCGUAAGUUGGAGCCAUUUAAAGGGAUGGAUGAUUAUGAAUUCUUUAAUUUGCUUUUUGCAAAAGAUAAAAUUAUCGAUAUUUGUAGCAAAUAUAUAUUUAUGCGCUGGAAAGAAUCUGAAUUUAUUGGGCCUUCCAUGUUUGAAAGUGAUUUUGCAACAUCUGGUUCAUAUUUUUGUUGUCUUCGGCGUAAUGAUGGUUUUAUUGAAGGAUAUUAUUUUGAUUCUUCUUUAUCUUGUCAAUAUAUCAGUUUAUAUCCUAAAAUGAAUGAUGGUGUGUUUAAAUUUAGAUAAAUAGAUUUAGUUUCAAUAAAAAUAUGAUAGCACGUCUUAUUUUUAU